CAAGAAGCAGGUUCAUUGGGCUGACUCUCCCUCGAAGCCAUCGAGGACCAUGGACGUCUUCGCUACCUACACCGCUGGCACCUCGGCCUACCUUGGCAUUCAAGCGAUCCCCCUGCUCCUCUCGCCACGAAUGAUCGUUGGUAUGCUCACGAGCGAAGCGCACACCACGACCGACAUCGAGACAUAUUUCGGACGAGCUCUAUCCUUAGCCCUCCUUGCCCUAUCCCUCCUCAACCUCGUUUUGAGCGGUCUGCUACCGGUGACAUCUCAAAUAACCGAGACCGACGUAGAGAACCCGUAUAGCUAUCCCACAGCGAUAGUCACCACCAUUUACCACGCGCUCUCAGCAUUCUAUCUUUAUACGCAAGUCACAUAUGGCUUCAGCUUUGGCUUUGGAAGUGGGUUGGUCGCGAGCAGCACGUUAUUCUGCUUUGGAAUCUGGGUGUGUGUCUUUGGAGGGGAAAAAGCUCGAACGUCAAAGACCACAGGAGCGGAUAAAAGGACUUCCAAUUUUCCCUUCACAAACUCCGAGAGCUCGAGAGAGAAGAAGAAGGAGAGCAAACGCAAGUCCAUCUCCUCGAAGACGAGGUAGCAGGCUAGAUAGUUCACAAUAAGUUCAGCUUGCGUCGCGCGGCUAUCAGGCGGAGUCUCAUUCCAAAGCAUCACGCGAUAAUGACGCUGAAUAGCCAGAAGUGCUUGUAGUUCGGGCACACAAGCAACGCGCGGAGAAGAUGACUCCAGGGCAGACACGUAAGUGUAAGGUAUACAUUGAGUCGAUUAGGCUUAGUCGCUCCUGCUCAGACCGGAGUAGGCUGCUCCUUCGCUUUGGCGGGAGUGUUCUGCAUGGAUCGCAUACGAACCCGCUCCUCGU